AAUGUAAAAUGAAACUUAGGGAAAGCAGCAGGAGUGGAGAAGUGAACUUAAACAUUCAACCCCCUCCUGUUUUCAGCAGAACUUUAAAAGGAGUGAGAUUUGUGUCACAGACUUCAAAAGAGAGAAGCACAUUUUUGGACAACAGCACUUUAGAAACCAGAGGGGAGAAGUCCUACACUGGCGAUUGGAAAUGGUCACACGUCGAAACCUAUGCACUCUGUGGCUUCUGCUACUUCUCCAUGUCUCUGAAAGUGCAUUCAAAUUUGACCUGUUCAAAAGAAACCCUGAGCCGCAGGAAGGUGAUAUAAGGCUGUUUGGCUAUGAGAGUGUUUCAGAGGGCCGUGUGGAAGUCUACCAUGAAGGGAAAUGGGGAACAGUGUGUGACGACGGUUGGGACAUGGCUGAGGCCCAGGUGGUGUGUCGUCAGCUCCACUUCCCCGGAGCCAAAUCUGUUGUCACUGGGAAGGACUACGGACAAGCGUCUGGACCUAUUUGGCUGGAUGACAUGAUAUGUAAAGGCACAGAGGACCAACUGCUUACAUGUGUUUUCAAAGCCUGGGGAGUAACUGACUGCUCCCACAAAGAGGAUGUUGGAGUUAUUUGUGAAACAGCCGAUGCAAAUGUGACCAGCGGCAAUUCUACACACUCGCUGGACCACAGCAUCGGUCUGUCUGAUGAUCUCGGCCAAAUAUUUGACAGCGGGAAUGGCUGUGACUUCCUGAUCUCAGCCCAGAGUGCUACUGGAAACAGACGGGAGGAUGGGACCCUGGAGAUGGUUGAGACAACGAUUUGUACACACAAAAUGAUCCUCUCACAAUUCCCACUCUUCAAUGCUUCAGAGGGGAUCACAAGUAUCACAGUCAACGUCAGCCAGUCCUGCCAACCACAUUUCACCUCCUUCAUCAGGUACAUUUACACCCGCAAGAUGGAUGUAACCUUCUCCUCUGUGCAGUGCAUCCAUUGGAUGGCAUCUAAGUUUGGGGUGAAGCAGCUGAUGGAGGACACAGGCCGGCUGUUCUCUAAAAUCCUCCCAGAGGACACCUUGUUUCACACCCAGGUGUCCCUUUCCGAAUAUGCAGAGGAGACUGGGGACUUGGUCCUCCAGGAGAACUGUAUUCAGUAUAUGGCCUGGAACUACCAAAAUCUGACCAGGUCUCCUGCUUGGAUGCACCUCUCCGUUAAGCUCCUUGGAGCCCUGCUAGCCCGCUCAGACCUGGUGGUGCCUGAUGAAUAUUUUCUGCUUCAGACUGUGGAGAGCUGGAUCACAGAGAAGGGCAACUCGACCAGUUUGGAAACCCAGGUUGACCUGUUGAGUCGCAUUCGUUUCCCUAUGAUCCCUGCUGAGAAACUGUAUGAUCUGGAGUCCAACUCUUCUCUCUACAGCACUCAUAAGAAUAUGUAUCGUGAAAACAUGUUGAAAGCAUUCCAGUUUAAUGUUCUGCUUUUCAGCAAUCUUCAGUCAAACCCAAAGUUCAACAAGCAAGAUGAUUACCAGCCCAGGCUCUAUACCGCUGAGCCGUGGAGCACUGCUAUUGGCCCUUUACAGAAAACUCCAUUAAAUCCAGUCCGAAACCACUAUGCUACUUUAUACAACAACAGGAUGCGUUAUGAAUAUGGCUAUGAGUAUGGCAGCCCAUACAGUCAAACAACCAAGUCGUUCAGCACGCCUGUCCACAACAGCCUGAUCUUUAAGGACAACAAGAUUCCCUGGGAGGCAAAUGUCUUCAUGAGCCAACGUGAAUGUUUGAACCGAGGACUGAGGUGCGAGUCGUUCCCUUUGGCAAGGUUGACUCCGCAAAACCAGCUCACCCAGCAAAGUAACAUCCUCUUCCGUAACCGGCUCCUGCUGAUGUGCCAAGACAAGUACAUCUGUCAGGUUCAGGACUUCAAGGUCAACCUGGCUUAUAUCGCUGUGAAUGAGACCCAGGCUGUUGCCUAUCCCUGUCCUGAUGACCAGUACACCUACCGCUUUGUAGUGAGACCAGAGUAUGUCUGAUCCAAUAGCAGUACCAGGCUAAUCAAUUUUUCUACUUAUUAUUCAAUAAAUUGCAAUGAUACUACAACAUCAUCUGUGAUUUUUUUUCAUUAAUCUCUGUUGAUUGACUUCAACCUGGCUCUUUAAUUCAUAUCAAGCAAAUAAAUAAAAUGAUUUCUAGAUCCUU